AUGUCCAAUAGAGUCCUUCUUUUGGUGGGCCUACCAGGUUCAGGCAAAAGCACAUUCUCCAACAAGCUUGUUGAGCUAAAACCAAAUUGGCGACGUGUCAACCAAGACGAUUUGGGAUCACGCAAGAAUUGUGAACGGCAUUGUCGUCGUUUUCUCGAACAGCAAUUGAACGUGGUCAUUGAUCGCUGUAACUUUGAUGAGCAGCAGCGUAGUACAUGGAUUCGUAUUGCAAGGGAAUACAACGUGCCUGUGGACUGUGUCGUGCUAACGGCGGAUAAGAAAACAUGUGGCGAGCGUAUCCUUGAAAGAGAAGAUCAUCCUACCGGGGUCCAAGGAAAUGAAGGGUUGAACAUCCUGCAUCGAUUCGUAAUGAAUUACAUUCCUCCCACUUAUACCACAAACGAGGGAAUCAGGCGUAUCAUUCAUCUUGAUCCCAGCCCAGAACCCCAUUGUACUCCUGAACGUAUCGAAAGUGUCUUAGCACAACUCUAG